AUGAGCUCCUAUUUAAUCGUGCAGAUAAGAGGUAGAUUUAGAAGAAAGAGAUUACGGGAGUCCCGAUACUCAACGCCUCAAUAUCCUCCUUCGCGUCCUCCGGCACCUGAUGCAACACGGUAUUGCGUUCCUGCUACUCGUCGUCACGUCGGAACUCGUCGGGUUCUUAGCAGAGGCGUGGAAGAUUUUGCGCUGGGUGUCGUGGGAUUGGGAGGCGAGGGUGUGGGUGAGGUUGAAGAGGACGGCGUCGUCUGGAAUCGAUUUAAACCGCUACAAAUAUGCCCUAAUGGAACAGAGAAUUACUUUCUGAUGAUGUCAUCUCGUGCGAACAAUUUAUCUGCCAUGCUCCGUCUCUGCCCGAUCAGCCGUCGAGCUCAAGGACUGUUGGUUGAUUCUCAGUGUCAAUUGGACAUAUACUUCGGUGCCUCUGCAACCAUCCUUGCGACGCAACCUGCGGUUCUCUCGCUGUGGGAUAACGACGAUGACACCUUCGUUCUAUUUUGGGACGUCGCCACACGCACCGAUGGCUCGUGCCACUCACACUUCAACGAGGCAUCUCUGACGACUCCAGAGGCGCAAGCAUCCAAGAAGUCCAAACACAUCUGUUCAGACAAUAUAUUGUCGGUACUGCGCCGUUUUCGGUUCCGUAACUAUCCUCGGACCGCCUUGGAGGCUCAUGACAGUAACAAGGAUACAGUCGUCUCGAAAAUAUCCUCGGGACAAAAUGAGAGAGGCGACACACGGACGAGACUUGGAUCCCAUCGUAAGACCAAUCUGGACCAGCUUUUGUCGACCACGCUACACCAUACCAGCGACGCUAUUACCUUUGCUGCCCUAUGUCUUUCAGAGAUGUCCCAGAUGACCAAAAGUGUGCCGUAUAUUCAGUCCGUUUCCGGUGUGAUCACAUAUAUAGUCAAGGCGAACGACGACAUAAUUACCCUAAAAGAUCGGCGAGCUGCCUUAAUCAAAAGAGCGAAGGAUGUCCAACACGCUCUCAAUGACCUGGCCGGUGGAUGCCACAUGGAUACAGCUCUUUCUGAAGGUUUACAAAAACCAUUCGAAGUUCUCGAAUGUGUCCUACACCAGAUCCUGGAAAUCCUCAAAUUAUGUGCUGGCCGAAAGAUUAUUCUUUUCCUGCACCGCUCAAGACUCCUAACAGAGAUCGACCAGUGCGAUAGUGACUUGAAGAUGGCUCUUACUUUGUUCAACACAGCUUUGCAUAUUAUGCAAGUUGUAGAUUCAAAAGUAGUAAAGUCCAAGAUUAACGAGCUUCGGGGGUCCACUGAGAAUAUUUCUUCAAACAUCUCGAUGAUGAAAAAGUCCCUGGAGUCUCAGAAUGUCUACUGCAAACAUUCCCACGAGCAGAAACACCGUGAUCAGUACCUGUAUGGUGUAAAUCAAAGUGACCACGAGUACUGCUGUUGGGCAGAAAGUGAAAGGAGCGCGUUGACCGACAUGGGCUGCGACACAGCACACCUGGUUCGGCUGGCGCGCUCAUAUGGAGGAAAGGCCUACUGUCCCCUGUGUUCCUGGCGUUGUACACCUAAGAGCUAUCCAAUGCCAGCCAGAAUUUGUCUGGGGAACGUAUUCAAGAGCGUGAAAGGAAAGACGCACAAUAAUAACGCGGAGAGGCUGACAACGACCAUCGUUUUAGCGGAGACACUGGAUCCCACCAAGUCUCGUACCACCGACUCCUCGCUCAGAGUCCUCGACAGCGUUCGAAAGAAAAAGAUGCAUACUCAGCCUGGAACCGCUAGCGCCGCGAUUCUGAUCGCUUACAUCUUGAAGGCGCAUGAAGAUCUCUGUGACUUGGAUGACAAGCGCAAGUUCCUCUUGAAGCAGAUCUCACAACUGAAAGAGAUUGUCGAUGACUUUGCGACUCGCCUUGGGCCUAAUGCUGAGUUUCCUGAUGACCUAAAGAAACCAUUCGGCUUGCUGGAAUGUGCGCUCCAGGAGGUCAUCAGUACUCUCAUUCAGUCAUCUGGUACACCUGGGUUCCUCGGUAGCGCGAAGCGCUUCUGGUCUCGGAAGAAGCUUCUUGCUGAUCUGGGCAAAUGCGAGGAUGCUCUUCGGAUUACAAUAGAUAUGUUCCAGACUUCCCUCCAAGUCGUCCAGGCCCUUGAACUUAAGACUAUCCACUCAGACGUCCUCGAGCUUAAGGUACUCCGCACUAUGCUCCGGCCUGAACUUGCAUGCUGA